AUGUCCCAAUCGUGGGACACGAAGAAGCUGGCAGAGCUGGUGCUUAAAGUCAGAAUUCAGAGGCCCAAAGAAAAUGACUUCACUGAAGUUGAACUGAACAGAGGAGAGCUGAGUUCUCAAAAUCUACUAAAAGUGAGUUGCUGUGAAUGAGGGGUUAAGCCAGAGCAAGUGAAGAUCAGGCCACCAAACACGCUGCUCAGAAAGGACAAAGACAUUUUAAGACUACAGGACUUCCAGGAAAUAAAACUCGUUUCAAUGAAAAAUGGAAGCUCUGAAUUGGUAGCACAUGCACCAUCCCUGACAGAGAAGCCCUGCUUAACAACAGCCACGCUGCAAACCUGA